GGGAUAGCUGACCCAAGAUUGAAACUCCAUACCAAAAUGCAGUGCCACUUUUAUAAAGCCCUUAUCAACAUCCCAUCCCCAAUGACAAAAUAGAAAAUGGGUAAUAACAGAUAUGCGACUGCCACGGCCACGAUUCUGAUGGUGUUGGCAGUGUCAUCAGCAUUGGAGAUGUCGAUUAUCUCGUACGACAGAAGCCACGCGGGGAAGUCGGGGUGGAGGAGCAAUGAGAUUGAGGAGGUAAUGAGUGUAUACGAGAAGUGGCUUGUGAAGCAUGGGAAGGUGUAUAACUCCCGCAGCGAGAACAAAAAGAGGUUUGAGAUCUUCAAAGACAACCUUAAGUUUAUCGACCAGCACAAUGCUGAGAAACGAACGUACAAGGUUGGACCGAACCGGUUCGCUGAUCUUAGCAACGAGGAGUACCGGUCCAAGUACCUGGGAACCAAGAUGGACGCCACCAGAGUGAUGGGCAAGGCAAGUAAGCGUUACGCUCCGCGCGUGGGUGACAACUUGCCGGAAUCUGUUGAUUGGAGGAAAGAAGGUGCCGUCGUCGGAGUCAAAGACCAAAAAGAAUGCGAGGGUUGCUGGGCAUUCUCUGCAAUUGCAGCAGUGGAAGGGAUUAACAAGAUAGUAACAAGCAAUCUAACUACACUGUCAGAGCAAGAACUGCUAGAUUGUGACAGAACAGUCAAUGCAGGAUGUAGUGGCGGACUUGUGGAUUACGCGUUUGAGUUCAUUAUCAACAAUGGUGGCAUCGACACAGAAGAGGAUUACCCUUUUCAAGGUGCUGAUGGUAUAUGUGAUCAACACAAGAAAAAUGCUAGAGUUGUUACAAUUGAUGGUUAUGAAAGUGUUCCUGCCUAUGAUGAAUUAGCCUUGAAGAAAGCAGUAGCAAAUCAGCCAGUGAGUGUUGCCAUUGAAGCAGGUGGCAAGGAGUUUCAAUUAUAUGAAUCAGGUAUAUUCACAGGAUCAUGUGGGACAAUAAUAGAUCAUGGUGUUGCAGCUGUUGGGUAUGGAACAGAAAAUGGAAUAGACUAUUGGAUCGUCAAGAAUUCUUGGGGUACGGGUUGGGGAGAGGCAGGCUAUGUAAGAAUAGAACGUAAUAUAGCAGGAGACACUGCUGGAAAAUGUGGAAUUGCAAUUUUAUCAUUCUAUCCCAUAAAGAGGGGCCAAAAUCCAAUAGCUAGUUCAGGGUUUGGAGGAUUUUAAAUCCCCUAAAUCCUAAACCAUCUGCUCUUUCACUAGUUAAGCCACCGCAUGUUUGUGAUAAUUCCUUCAGUUAUAUUGAAAAUAGCACUUGUUAUCUCCUUCUAAUUAAAUUUAUCUUUUUAA